AUGGUAGGAUUCGCGAUUCAGCAACAACUCCUUAGCCACAUUGCGUCGAAUCAACAGAACUGGCAUCUUCCCAGUGCCCCGCUCGCUGCACCAACGGACGACACCCAAGACACAGCGAUGGGGGGCCAGUUUGACGACACCGAAGCACAAGAUCAGCCUCCGAGUUCAACGGCUCAAAACCAGGGUCAAGCUGCGCAGGAUGAUGACGAUGACGACGAUGACGACGAUGUGAAUGCGGGCUGGGGAACUCUUGACAAUCCGCUACCCGGCGGGUCGUUCUCGGGAGCGGUGGACCAAAUGCUGGACGCAGCAGCGGAGGGCUUGGCUCAGAUUAAUAGAAUGCAAAACCAGCCGCAGGACACCACGGCGCAGACUCAAGACACAGGCAUGGCGGACCAGUUUGGCACUGCAUCAGGAAGCCAGACGGAGAACACGGCACCGCAGAACAUUCCUGUGCACUUGCCACCGGACGACGACGAAGCCGUGGAAUUUGUUCGGCACAUGAGACGGAGGCGUGAUUGA